GUGAAGUUACUAUUUUACAGUGUAGCAUUGUACUUUACUUUUGUCUCGGAACGCAGCUUAUCGGUUUGAAUAACCAACGUGAUAAAUUCAGAGCCAAACAUGUGUUAACUUGUCAUAUACUGUAGUUGCAAUGUUGCAUAGCUGAAUCGCGAUAUUUUUGUCCGCAAUGGCAAAAAUCUUUCUAAACAAAUAAGGAGUAGACGUGUCAAAAGAUAAAACAAAAAGGGUGUAAACCCGUAGCCACACAAUCAGAACGAACACAAAACAUUGAUGGAAUGGAAGGUCAAAAACAAAAGCAAAUUCACAGAUUCGUAUGGACCUUUUUAGCCUUAUCAAAAAUUGAAACAACUAGGAAAACAGCGAGGAAGAAACUGCAGAUACCCAAAUAAAAAUCUUCAUAUUUUCGAUCAGGGCAUUCAACAAAGAGAGAAGAAACAAAACAAGCAGGUGGGAGGAGAAAUGGCAAUGGUAUCUAACACUAAUGCAUUCUUAAAGACACAAAUGUACCAAGUUUACUGCAAAAAGAAAGAGAAAGAUAAGAGUCAAAAUCCUCAGCCUUAUAAAGUUAUUGAAAUUUCUCCGCCUCCCAAGAACCUUGGCAUACGUUGCCUUCCCUCUAACUUGCAGUGCGGAGAGAGUGUAACCAUUGAAGGCCGAGCUUACACCAUUUCAGCUGUAACCCAUCGUUAUCAGCUUCGAAAAGGGAAAUACGAGCCUAGCGAGAAGAGGCUUGAUGUGUUGUCUACUGGAAGAUACAUCUUAAAUUUGUACUUAGAAAAUUUGCUAGAACAAUCUUGAUACUAGAACAAUCUUGAUUAUGAUUCUUCCCUUCAUCUUUAUGUGUACAUUAUGAAAUACAACUUAAUUGAAUUGCCUAUGUCAAAAGAACUCGUUCGAUA